AUGAAUCGAUUAAUUAAAAUCAGACGAUUAUUUCGAACAUAUACAUUUUUACAUAUUUUUCUAAAAAUAAACAUUUUAUCAAUUUUCAUAUAUUUUCUUCUAACCAUAAUUAACAACUAUCGAUUUCCCAAUAUAAAUUAUCAUGCAUCUACUGUACGAGAUCGUGAAGAAUUACGAUUAGCUCAUCUACGCACAUUAAUGUACGAUUGGUACCAUCAAGGAAAAAUACCGUUUGUUUACCAACCACCACAAUCAUCAUUGUCAAUUUUAAGUAAUAAACAUGGUAUUGUCAUUAGUAUCAUGACGUCGAAUCGUGUUCAAUAUCAAAUUGAUGAUUAUCAACCGGAUUAUUUAACUCAAUCUUUGUCAACCUUAAUUAAACUAAUAUUUGAAGAUAUUUCAAGGUAUGGUUACCGAUUUAAAUAUAUCAAUAUAAUGAUCUGUUUGAAUGGAACCAAAAUAAAUGAAUUGUCUAAUGUACAUGAAAUUAUACGACUUGUUGGUCAGCAUGCAAUUCAUCCAUUGCGUUCUAAUCAAUUAUCAACUUAUAGGAAUUUAUCUGUUAAUUAUCAAUUUGUGAGAGAUAUGUCGACCUGUAUGCUGAAAUCAGUUGAUUUAGUUGAAAAACAAGAACAUAAUCAUAGUGAUUAUAUACUUAUCAUACAAGAGGAUAUGAUUGCAAUGAAUAAUUUAUUUGAUGUACUAUGGGGAUUAAUGCAACAAUCUAUGAAUAAUAUUCGUCAUUAUCAUGACCAUCAUAGACUUGGUAUGAUCCAAUUGUAUUCACAUAAAAACGUAAUGAAAUUUCCAUUUUAUCAUAAAAUUGAUAGACAAUUAUUUGAGUUAA